UUGAUUGGUUUGUAAGCAAUAUUUAAUUUUUAUGUUAAUGAAUUUAAUUUUUUAAAUUAUUUUUCAUUACAGAUUGAUGAAGAUGACAGAUUACCAAAAUGUUUAUGUUACCGUUGUAUGUAUAAUCUGGAAAAUUUCUACGAUUUUCGAACGGCUUGCGUCAAUGCUGUCGCGCUAUUGGAAAGAAAAUUACCACCAAAAGAAUCUUCAAGCUGUGGAUUACAUAAUGACAUGGAAAAACAUUCAGAGUUACGCUCAGAGUUACUUAAGGAAAAAGAAAAGAUGCCAAUUCUUAUACCUGAAGCACCAAUAGUUAAUCCGAAUGCCGCGUUGGGUACUCCACCAAGAUUAAAUUCUGACGGUGAAGCCGAUCAGGAAAUUGAAGAAAUUCUUGAACAUAGUGGAACUGAAGAAGGCUUAGACGAUGGCGAGGACAGAAAAUACGACGAGGAGUAUGAAAUGGACAUGGAGACAAACCCAAGUGAUUUUUUGGAAAUGCCCCCAAUGGUAACAGAAGACCCAGAAGAGCCCGACCCGCGCCAGCAGAACUCAUCUCGCCAGCUCAUCUCGCCAGCGUUAUUCCAACACAAAUCCGAGCACCAUGAAGUCUACGUAUGUUCAUUAUGCAACAAAGCCUUCAGCUCGAAAGGACACCUGUCACUGCACGCGCGAAUUCACGCCGGAGCCGGCGACGUAGUGGGUGAAAAGGUAAUCACAGACGACCACACAUCCUUCAAGCGUCUGUACCAAUGCGACCUCUGCAACAAAUCCUACUCAACAGCCAAGCACCGUUGGGGUCACGUGUCUUCAAAUCACCGAGGACACCCAGCAGUAACGUGUCAAUACUGCUCACGUUUGUACUCGACACGUGGAAAUCUAAUGGACCACAUAAAAUCCCGACACACUGGCCAGCCUCCGCCUCCUAAACUCGGCGUCUAUGUCCCCUCAGACAAUCGAUUCCAGUGUAACACGUGCCCGAAGAUGUACACGAACAUCACCGACUUGAACAAGCACAAAAAAGUCUGCACUGGAAUCCGCGAAUCAAUAAGCUUGCUGCUAAAAAAGAAGGGCAAGAGUCUUAUGGACACCUCAGAAGCUUCGAGCUUCGAGUCUGACGAAGAGAGCAAAGAUUACCGCACAGCCGAGGCUAAAUUAUCAAAAAAUCCCCAGCUGACUAUUUUAAAGCAAGCUUUGACUCGCGGAGCUGAAGUACUUAAGCGCGACGACCGCGAUCCUUAUAAAUCACUAAGAGUACCUCAAGUUGAUUCAGAACCCAAGAAAUGGUUUUGCGAAACUUGUCCUCAGUCUUUUACUUCGAUUGAAGCUCUAAAAGACCACGAGGUCACUCACGAGUCCGACAAACCCUUUAUCUGUCUUUUAUGUAAAAAACAUUUUACACUAAAAUCCUCUUUAAGCCGGCAUAUUAUUUCCUCCCACGGUGUGGAUCCAACUCCGAUGUUAGACGAUGAAAAAUGCCUGAAAAAAAAAUUGCCUGUAAAUAAUCUACGUGAAGAAAUUAAAAUAAAACGCGAGCCUUGUUUUUCUCCUGUUAAUGCUGAAGAAGAAGAAGAUGAAACUCAGCAGCAAGAUAUGAUUGAGAUAGAAACAGUAUUUGUAUGUGAAAUUUGCACCCGUGAUUUUAACGACCGAGCUUCUUUAUGGUUGCACAUCCGCGCAACUCACAAAGAGUACGCAGCAUUUGCAUGUGGAGUGUGUUUAAAAAUCUGUACGGACAAUGAUCAAUUGUUGAACCACGUAAAUAUGUACCACGGAGCUUCUAAGCUUCAGAUAUCAGAACAAAGGCGCUACAGUUGUACCAUUUGUGGCAGACAACAUGACUCAAGGAAGAAAUUAAUGACCCACGUGUCGAUUCACAAUAUUGAUCCUUCCUAUGAUCCAGCUAACUUUGUUCAAUUAAACAGUGGCUAUUACAGCAAUGAGAAUAUUAAUGACACCACUCAGGAUCAUCUUAGAUUAAAUUCCGUUGAUUUUGACCAUGAGGACGGUGAGAAGGUCGAUUGCUUUAUCUGCUACAAGUCUUUUCCAAAUGAAGAUCACCUAAUUCGCCACCAGCGUAAUGCGCACAAGGAACAGACUCCUUAUACUGAUAAUAAUCUUGCUGUUAAUUCCAGCCCUGCAAACCCAAAUGGGAACAAAGCGCAGUACCACUUAUUUUUUGUAUGCGAAAUUUGCGGAAGUUCUCAUCCAAGUAAAUGGGAGCGCUGGUUACACGUCAGCAGUGUUCACAGCUCAGAAAGCCAGAUUAGGUGCGAGCGUGAGGAUUGUGGUAAAAUAUUUUCUACCAAGUCGCUUAAAAAUGAACAUGCUCAGCAUCAUAUUUUGCAGGGCGCGUCGCCUAAUACUUGUGAAAUUUGCGGAAAACUUUGGGGCAGCCGGGUUGAUUAUUGGAAGCAUGUUAUGGGAGUCCACUCAGACACUGUUCCUCUAAUUUGCGGUGUUUGCUUAAAAGUCUUCCCGGAUGUAAUUCAAUUGAGCGGUCAUGUUAAAAGCAAGCACUGGCCGCUGACAAACGGGGACUUUAGUUGCGACAUUUGCGGUCGUCCUUAUUCAAAUAAAUCAAAAAUGUCGCGCCACCGUAAAAUUCACGGGUUAGAAGUUGAAAAUUACAGCAAUGGUGUUGUUAACGAGUCGGUAAGUGAAGUCAUACCUGCUAGUACGUAUGAAAGCAACAGUAAUGCAGCUGAGGUUGAUUUGACUUGUGAAAUGUGCACGGACUUGAUAUUCCCAAGUUGGGAAGACUUGUGCCAGCACAGAAGACUAAUCCACGGAUUAUUCCCGUGUGAUUUAUGUAACAAAUGCUACGGAAGGACUUCUCACCUUUGGAAGCAUGUUAAUAGAGUUCAUAAAGGUCACAAGGACGUUACUUGCAAGUACUGUUUAAAAACGAGCGCUUCUAAGGAUCAUUUAGCUGCGCACAUUGCUAAAAUUCACCGUUACGAGCCCGAAAGCAAGAAAGUUCUUAAAGAGACUAAUUAUAAAGCCCCCGUUGUGGAAGAAGACACAAUUCAUCAUUGCGAAAAGUGCAACAAAGCUUUCCACAAGCGGUAUUUAUUGAAGAGACACAUGAAAGGCUGCCAAAAUUAUCGGAAGGAUCCCGGAGCGUUACUAACUCGUUGUAGAGCUUGCGAGAGAAUUUUUAAGGACCGGGCGAGCUUGCAGAAGCACAUUGAGAAUCAUCACAGUAGUUACACGUGCCAUUUAUGUAAUGAGACAAUUACUUCGAAACUUGGAAUUAUGACGCACAAUCGUGUUAAUCAUAUGAACCAUCCAGACUUGACUUGUGACCAUGCGAGUUGUAAAAAAUUAUUCCGGACUAAGGAAGAUCUUGAAGCUCAUCGGAAGGAUCAUAAAUAUCACUCGCCGAAUGUUUGCGAUUUUUGUGGAGAUACUGUGGAGAAUAAAUUGAAAUUAAAAAUGCAUAUUUUGUCACUGCACAGAAAUGAAAUUGGAGUUUCUUGUGGGGUUUGUUUGAUACCAAUGAAAGAUCCGCAGGAGCUGAAGAAUCAUGUUGAGAGUGUUCAUCCUGGAGUUUUAUUAAAGGCUAAUACUUGUCAGGUUUGUGGGAAACAGUAUGCUUCUAAGUGGAAGGCUUUUGAUCAUACGAAAAAAUGCCAUGGGAAAGUUUUUAGAACUUGCAAACAGUGUUUGGCUGUUUUUACCACUGAUGCGGAUAUCAGGCAUCAUUACGAGCAUGUUCAUAAUGUGCCCAAGGAUCAAUUGGCGGGAUUUGAAAAUAAUUCUGAUGGGGGUAAGGGUGGGGGUAAUGAUGAUGGAAUUAAAGAGGAGCCUGAUGAUUUUUAUGAUGAUGUUUAUGAUGAAUUACCGAAGGUUAAGUCGGCUAAGCGCAAACCUCAAGAUACUUAUGAUUGUGAAAUUUGUCCUGAGAUUUUUUUAAAUUAUGAAACUUUAGCUGAUCAUUAUCAAUUGAUUCAUAAUACCGAUCCUGAGAGGAUGUUUAAAAAAAUGAAAACUAAUAGUGGUAAAAGACGAAUGCGUAAUCGUGAAAAUUUUGAAUGUGAAAAUUGUAAAAAACAAUUUUGUACUAAAACAUUAUUUUGGAAUCAUAUCAGUAAUUGUACGCGUAAAAAUAAUUUAUCAAAAAAUAAUAAUGAUACUUCAACUACCUCGAUACUUGAAACGCAUUUAAAAAAUAAUAAUAUGAUUAAAAAGGAGCCUGUUGAUAUUUUAAAUGAGUCUAAUUUAAAUAUACCUGAUUUUAAUUUAUUUGAGGAUAUUAAUUUGCAAUUAUCUGGACACAAACCAGUGCCAAAUUUAAUGCCACUGUCUUCUUCUCACCGGAUGUCCCCGAUGAAAUGCAACCGCAAGGAUUCUAGAAAGGUUUAUGAUGAGUCUACGAACACAGUGUGUGCUUGCGAGGUUUGUGGGAAACAGUGGCCAGCUAAGAAACACCUCUGGCAGCAUUUGAUACGCUUUCAUAGAGCUGAGGCAGCUGUUACUUGCGGAGUUUGUUUGAAAUUGUGCACGACUUAUCGCGGGUUGUCGCAGCAUCUUAAGGAGGCUCAUGAAGCUAUCUUGUCCUGCGAGGGGAAUAAUUUUACAUACUUGGUUAAUGGUGAACACAGUGAAGAAUCUGCUUGUGAAUCUGACAGUGAAAAUGAACACGAGAAUGUAACUAUUGAAAGAGAAGACAAUUCUAAUAGCAACAGCGAUCAUGAUGAUUCUGAAGAAGAAAAAAAGGAGAGAGAAAAUAUAAGAGAUAAUGACACUGAUGAUGAUGAUGAUGGACCACCGGUUCUUAGUCCGAUAAUGCCGAUUCAUGAAAAUGACAAGUCGAGAAGGGUGAAAGCGAAAAAAAACAUUCCUGAGCUGGAUGAUAAGUUAUUGGAGAGCAAUUCUGGAUACUAUGGCUCGGAGGUUGAUGAUGAAAGGUUAAAUACUUUGGAUUCUAAUGAUGGAGAAUUUGAGGAGCAGAUUAGGAUUAAUGACACUGUGUUGAUGGUCACCAAUGAUGAUGAGGGGAAUGAAAUUGUCAUUGAGCAGAAUGUUGAAGAAAUUGAUGAAAAUGACGAUGGCGAGUCGAUUCAAGAUGUCGCGGAUUUUAUUUAUCAAGUCGAUCCGGAUAAUUUUGAUGGAGAUAGCCAGGAGGUUCAGGAGGAGGAGGAGGAGGAAGAAGAGGAUCAAGAGGCUAAUUCUAGUGCCAAAAAACGUGUCUCGAGGACGUAG